AUGUACAGCACACCCCUGCCCUCCAAACAGCUAGCCAGAUUGGGCGGGCUUCGACAUUCUACUGUGAAAAUGGAGGGCAAGAAUGAAGCGGACCCACCGGGGGAGUCCGCACCAGUCCCCUUCCGGGUCCUGAGAGAGGAGUUCCAGGCUCGUGAUGUGGAGGCUCUGAAGCAGGCCCUUGAGCGUGCGCUAGCAGCGGGCAUCAGCAAGGAGGACAGCCGCUACCAAGCUCUGCUAAAACUCUCUCAAGGGCUAGCAAGGGCACCUAAGGGCAAGCUAGGGUCAGAAACAGAGUGCCAGACGGGGAGCAGACAACAACAGAGGGCUCCAUUGAAAGCAUCGCUCAGUUCGCAGCAAGUGAGGAGGCUAGCGGUGCAGAAGGCUGCCCUUGCACUGCUUAGUAGAGAUGCAGUCCUUCCCAGGGCCGUAGAAAGAGCUCUUCUGGCUGAGGCGCCGAGCAGCAGUGCAAGGGUCACCGAAGGGAGCUCGGGGCUAGGGGUGAAAGCUGCAGCAAUAGCGAAGUCCCCCCUUCUGCAAGCGGUGCAGGAAGCCCAGCCAGCCUCGCUACCUGCAAGUGGUCUCAGGCAGGCUAAGGAGGAAAGGCUGAAGCAGCGGUUGCAAUGGAGGAAAGAGACGCUGGAGCACCUGCCGCUCGCUGAGAGUGAUGUGGUCAGGGCGAAGUCGGGCCUCGAGGUUCAAGCACUGAAGCUGGUCGAACUGCAGCGCAAGGUGCGGGCCGAAGUUGCGCUCGAACAGAAGCUGCUGACGUCAUGCCAGCCAGACCAGCUUCUCGACUGGAGCAUGAUGCGCCUGAAGCGGGAGGACGUCUUACGGUCGAUCUUGCGGGCAGACCCCGAAAGAGUAAAGUACGGCUGCGCCGCCCUGUCAAGCAUGGUUGGGGUCACUGCGGCGGCACUGGAGGCGGACGAGCGGGCACGGAGGAAGAGGGAGGCCGACCGCGAAGCGCGCAACGAGGAGAACAAGCGCAAGAACGCGCUCCUGGUGCGGCGGCGCUUCCUGCAGGAGCUCCUGGCGUCUUACCACGAGUGGACCGCCCUCCAGGCCGCCGAGGCGAAGCGGCUCAAGCAGCGGAACGACGGGGUGCUCAACUGGCACUCCAAGGAAGCCAAGAGGGCGAACCGUGCGGAGCGGCUGCGCGUGCAGGCCCUCAAGAACGACGACCAGGAAGCGUACCUCGCCCUAGUUGCCGAGAGCAAAAACGAGCGGCUGAAAACGCUUCUGGGCGCGACGGAUGAACUCCUGGAGCGGCUGGGUCAGAUGGUUCAGCUGCAAAAGGAGGCGGACGACUUCGAUCCCGUCGAGGAGCGCAUCCGCAAGAAGAACCCCGAGCGACACCGUGAACAGGGGCAGGAGGGCGUCGCCUCUCCCAGAGCCAAAGACGCCUCCGCCGCUCCCGCCGCCGCCCCCGAGGCGCAACCCCCGGAGCCGAAACGCGAUCUGAUGGCGGGCCAAAAGAAGUACAAUCAGAGCGUGCAUGCGAUCGAGGAGAAGGUGCUGGUGCAGCCACGGCUCCUAGUGGGGGGUCAGCUGCGGAGCUACCAGUUGGAGGGGCUUCAGUGGAUGCUCAGUCUGUUCAACAAUAACCUUAACGGGAUCCUGGCGGACGAGAUGGGGCUCGGGAAGACGAUCCAGACUAUCUCUCUAAUCGCGUACCUAUUCGAGAAUAAGGGCGUACAGGGGCCCCACCUGAUCGUGGCUCCGAAGGCCGUCCUGCCCAACUGGGCGCACGAGUUCAAGACGUGGGCGCCGACCCUCUCUGCCGUUCUCUACGACGGCACCCUGGAUACACGAAGAGCGAUACAGCAGGAUCCGCUGGUGGCGGGCCACCAGUUCAACGUGUUGCUGACGCACUACGACCUGGUGAUGCGCGACAAGGCGUUCCUGCGCAAGAUCCGGUGGCACUACUUCAUCGUGGACGAGGGCCACCGCCUCAAGAACCACGAGUCCGUGCUCGCCACCACCAUCGUCAACCACUACCACAUCAAGCGCAGGAUCCUGCUCACAGGCACCCCCAUCCAGAACAACCUGCAGGAGCUGUGGAGCCUGCUCAACUUCGUGCUGCCGACCAUCUUCAACAACGUGCAGAACUUCGAGGACUGGUUCAACGCGCCGUUCGCCGAGAAGGGCGACCUCGCGCUCAACGAAGAAGAAGAGAUUCUGGUCAUCAGACGGCUGCAACAGGUGAUCCGGCCGUUUCUGCUGCGGCGCAAGAAGGCCGAGGUGGAGAAGCACCUGCCGAGCAAGGUGCAGGUCGUGCUCAAGAGCGACCUCUCCGCAUGGCAGCGCAGCUACUACAAGCAGAUCCUCGAAUCGUCCAGCGUCGCCGUCGAGGGGGGCCAAGCCACUGGCAAGAGCCGCAGUUUGAUGAACACGGCGAUGCAGCUGCGCAAGUGCUGCAACCACCCGUACCUGUUUUUGGACACCAUGGAGGCGCUCCCGGACGACCCGUCCCAGCGCGUCCGCGCAUCCGGCAAGUUCGAGCUGCUCGACCGCAUCCUGCCCAAGAUGAAGCAGACGGGGCACCGCAUCCUGCUCUUCUCGCAGAUGACGAAGCUGAUGGACAUUUUGGAGGACUACCUCGAGUGGCGCGGCUACGCGUACCUGCGCCUGGACGGCAACACCAAGACCGACGAGCGCCGCGAGCUGCUGGAGCUGUACAAUGCGCCCGACUCUCCGUACUUCAUUUUCCUGCUGAGCACGCGCGCGGGUGGGCUCGGGCUGAAUUUGCAAACCGCGGAUACGGUCAUCAUGUUUGACAGCGACUGGAACCCCGCGAUGGACCAGCAGGCGGAAGACCGGGCUCACAGGAUUGGCCAGAAGAAGGAGGUGCGCGUCUUUGUGCUGGUCAGCGUGGGAUCCAUCGAGGAAGAGAUCCUGGAGCGCGCACGCAGCAAGAUGGGCAUCGAUGCAAAGGUCAUCCAGGCGGGGAUGUUCAACCAGAGCUCGACAGCGGCGGAGCGGCGCGAGCUGCUGGAGGAGAUCAUGCGGCGCGGCACGCAGCGGUUGGGCACGGACGUGCCGAGCGAGCGCGAGAUCAACCGGCUGCUCGCGCGCACCGAGGACGAAUUCCAGAUGUUCGAGCAGAUUGACGCGCAGUGGCGCCGCGAGACCAAGUUCUCAAGCCGCCUCUUGGAGGAGCACGAGGUCCCCGACUGGGCGCACAUCCGCGAGGAGGAGUCCGCCGACGUCACGACCUCCGCCGCAGAAAAUUCCGCAGCGGGGGGAAAGCGCAAGAGGAGCCGCGUCAGCUAUGCGGACCCCCUGAGCGACGAGCAGUGGCUGCAGAUCGUGGACGAGGGGGGUGACGUCACCAAGGUGGCGCAGGAGCGGCGCGAGGCCAAGGAGCGGCGGAAGGCGAAGCGGGAGGAGCGGGAGAGGCAGCUCGAGGAGGAGGCAAGGAUAAAAGCCGAGAAGGAAGCGGCGCUCGAGAAGAAGGCGCAGAAGAAGGCGGCCAAGCGGAGCAAGGGCAGCGACGGCACGGCUGAGCCUAAGAAGCAGAAAGGCAGCAAGCGAAAGCACGAUACUGUAGCCGGAGAAGUGGAUAAUGACGCUUCGGAAAAGGAGAGGCAUCACAGCAAGAAACGAAGGCGGGACGAACAGGGAGAUGCUGAGGCGACUGGCGAGGAGACGGGGACGGAGACGUCCGCUCUGGCAGCGGAAUCCGCCCCAGCGGCCGGAACGAGUGAAGCGGCCCCCCGGAAACGGGACCGGCGGGGAAAGAAGAGGCGAAAGAAGGGGCGGCGGCCCCCGGCAAAAACGAGUGCGGACAACGGUGGGGGGGGAAAAGCAGACGAGGCCGCAGCAAGUGGGCCGCAGACUGAAAUAGAGUUAGAGGGGGAGGGUUUGGAAGUUGUUGAACGGGCGAAUAGCGAGGGUCUUCUGGAAGACGGGGGCGAUCUGGAAGAACUAGAACGAGGGGAAGGGCCAAGCGCGGACGGGCAUGGCGGUACGGCGGAGGAGAGGGGUGAGGGGGAGUCAAGAGACGAGCCGGGAGCGAGGGACGGAGUUUUGCACGAGGGUGGGGACGCCGAGAAGGGUGCCCCGGGGCAAUCAACCGGGCAGGAAGGGCCCGAGAUAAGCGGCAGCGGGGCUGAGAAGAAUGUGGUCGAUGAGAGGGGAGAAGGCUUUGGCGGCGAAAAGGAUGCGAGAAAGGGGCCGGUGGAGAGCCACCUUGAGGGGCCUUCAGGGGCGGAAGCCGCCGGAACGGCGGAAGCGGAAGAAGAAGCGGGCAAAGAAAAAGAGCAAAUGGAUGACGGGGUGGAUGUGGAGAAGCGGGAAGGUGGGGAAAAGAAGUCCCGGUUUGGGACCAGGAAAAGGAAAGGCAGGGUAGUCGAACGGGGAAGAGCUGGGCCGGUCGAAGCGAGCGUAGGAAAGGGAAGUCAAGCGGAUACCGAGGAGACGGUAAAAGAGAGGGAAAACGAGAAAGCGGAAGUAGGAGAGCGAGCGGCGGACUCGAACGGAGAAGCGCUUGGUGGGUUGCAACUGGGCGGCGGUCGAGCGGCUGUGGAAGAGUGGAAAAAGGUGGAGAAAGGCAGCACGGGGGGGCUCGUACUGAGGCUGAAGUUGGGCGUUCGUUCGGGGGGCUCGUCGCAAAGAGGCGACUCGAAGAGCGAGCUCUCGAAUGGGCGGAAACGUGACGGGUCGGAAGUAAACGGAGAGCUUGAGGGGGGGACGGGACACGGGCGAAAGGGAGGGGGGGAAGAGUUGACCGAUAGCAAUGGGGUGGAGAAGAGGGUCGGGAAGGAGCGUUCGAAGCGCCAUAGGACGAACGGCCUGAUGAGGGGGGGGGGGGGCGAAGGUUUGGGUGCGGGAACGAGAGUCGCAGGGGUUGCUGAAGGGGCAAAGGUCGGUCUGGCGAGCACGAAGGAAAGCGAAGAGUCCAUUGAAGUUCGGACCGAUCGGGAGGAAGCGAGAACGGGCGAUAUGCCAAAAAACGGUGGGAAGGAUGAAGGGAUUGAUCCGGGCGAUGGAAUUGAGUAUUUGGGGAAGGGCUUGGAAGAACGGAUGCCGGAGAAGGAGGCAGAUAAUUCAGAAGGGGCAGGGACUAAUGUGGGUAAGGACGAUGCAGGCGUGGCGGAACCUGUCGGCCACGUUGGCGAGAGAGGGCUUCCUAGCAUGGGGCGGCAUCCGGGCCUGCGGGGAUAUGGAGAGACACAAUCUCACGAUGAGGAGGGUCAAAAGCCUGCUCCAAAAAGUAGGAGAGCCAGGUCUAGGAUGCGUCCAUAAAGGUCAAGCAGGCUUCCAAGGCAGUCGUGUCGAGUUGUGCACAAUAAAGUUGGCGACGGGACCCUUUGCUGUCCGGAUAGAGGUUCGAGCGUUGAGACAUUAUGUUCCGACGGUGCAAACCCCGCCAUAUCAGUAAUCACGCAAAAUGUCACUUGGUCGGCAUGGUUAAUCAUUGUGGUUGACCCUUUGGCUGGGUAUUGAUCGAGUGUAAGGGAACCGCGCAAAUCAGCAGCUGAGGAGCUCCGCAUGUAGACUGUGUGGCAUGUCUUAGUAACCUCGUCUUUGAGAUAUGAAGGCGGCAUGGUCCUAGUACAGCGUUCAUGUCCAUAAGCAGCG